AUGAAUACAAUUAAUUAUAGCAAAUAUAUCGGAAAUUAUUUGCUAGCUAUUUUAUCAUUAUUUUUUAUACUUCUUCAUAUAUCUGAUGUAUAUGGUACCCAACUAGCUGUUGAAAUUCCUAAUGGAACAAUAUGUCUUGGUUUAGAUUAUUAUCCUACAGGUACUAAUGGAGGGGAUACUCACAAAGAGUCUAGUAUUGAUAUUUUGGUUUAUGAAAAUCCAUUUUAUAUUUUUGAUAACAAUACUUCAUAUGAAAUUGUUACUUUUGAAGCCAAAAUUAAUGAUUUUCACUGUCAAGCACCACGUUCAUUUGUUGUCACAGAUUUAAUCCCUACUGAUAAUGAUCUUAAUAAUAGACUUUGGAAAAUUCAUAAAGAU